AUGCAUGCCUACACAAGCCACACAGCACCACAAGCCCACCUCUUCCGUGCCGAAAUGCGAAAACCUCGAACGCAUGCCCUACCUACUUACAUGCCCCCUAUUGCCCGCUUGUGUUCCAGGUUAAUGGUGGUUGGUGGGAUUAGGAGGAGCGGCGGGGGGUUGGCCGGAGGAAGGUGGUUGGGUUGGUAG